AAGAGGAAAAUAAAAAUACCCUUUGAUUCGCUUUUUUGUUAUUAAUUAAUUUAUUAUUUACGCUUGUAGCAUUAAAACUUUCAUUUGACAGGUCUAUUGUUGCUUCGUUUGUUUGAAAGGCGGGAGAGGAAAUAAAAAAACUUCGUUGUUUUUUGGCUUUACUUGAUCUGAUUUGAGACGCUUUUGCAAAUCAAAUCGCUCGCUUGAUAGCCGCUUCAAUCAGUUUUAGCAGGUGUCAGCAGUUUUGUGAUAAGGAAGAAUGGGGUAUAUAGGGGCACAUGGUGUAGCUGCUUUGCAAAGAUACAAAUACAGCGGUGUGGAUCACUCUUACCUUGCUAAAUAUGUAUUACAACCCUUUUGGAGCCGCUUUGUCAACUUCUUUCCACUUUGGAUGCCACCGAACAUGAUAACACUUACAGGAUUUAUGUUCUUGGUUAUAUCAGCGCUGCUUGGCUAUAUUUAUUCCCCUCACUUGGAUUCACCCCCACCAAGAUGGGUUCAUUUUGCCCAUGGGUUGCUUCUAUUUUUAUAUCAGACUUUUGAUGCUGUUGAUGGGAAGCAAGCCAGACGAACAAGCUCCUCUAGUCCACUUGGAGAACUCUUUGACCAUGGGUGUGAUGCGCUUGCAUGUGCGUUUGAAACCAUGGCCUUUGGGAGCACUGCCAUGUGUGGAAGGGACUCUUUCUGGUUCUGGGUAAUUUCAGCUGUUCCAUUUUAUGGAGCUACAUGGGAACACUAUUUUACCAAUUCACUGAUCCUUCCUGUAGUUAAUGGGCCAACCGAGGGUCUUGCACUGAUAUAUACAAUGCACUUUUUGACAGCAUUUUUGGGUGCCCAAUGGUGGGUUCAGCAAUUUGGAAAGUCCAUACGCUUGUUCAGUUGGGUACCUUUUAUAAAUGAAAUUCCAACAUACAGAGCUGUGCUGUAUUUGAUGAUAGCAUUUGCUGUUAUACCUACAAUUGGUUACAAUAUAAAAAAUGUCCAUAAGGUUGUUCAGGCACGAAAAGGAAGCAUGUUACUGGCAUUAGCUAUGCUUUAUCCUUUUGCUGUACUUAUGGGAGGAGUGCUUAUUUGGGAUUAUCUGUCGCCUUCUGAUAUUAUGGCAAAUUACCCACAUUUAGUUAUACUGGGAACUGGACUUGCAUUUGGGUUCCUUGUGGGACGGAUGAUUUUGGCUCACUUGUGUGAUGAACCCAAGGGACUGAAAACUAACAUGUGCAUGUCACUCCUAUAUCUUCCAUUGGCAAUCGCAAAUACUCUUACAGCUAGGCUGAAUGAUGGCGUUCCUUUAGUUGAUGAGUUAUGGGUUCUUCUCGGUUACUGUGUGUUCACCGCAUCACUCUAUUUACACUUUGCCACAUCAGUUGUUCAUGAAAUUACGACAGCUUUGGGAAUUUAUUGCUUCAGGAUAACCAGGAAAGAGGCUUGAACAUCGAUGAUGGUUAUCCCGGGUUUCCUCGAUGGGGAAUCGGUUUACAACUUUUGUUCCGCCGGAAGGUUGGUAGCACUGCCGAAAUGAUUCAAUAUUUGGCAAAUUUUUCGUGAUAUAUGCAUUGAUGACUGGUCUACAUCUAGUUGCAGAGCCAAAACAUUGCAGCUCAUCAACAAUGUUAUAAUUGUUUUGUUCAGAUUGAGAAUAGAUAAGGAAAAUUUAGGUAUGCAAGCUCUUUUCAUCUAUGACUUAAUGUAAGAAUAAUUCAUUUUCUGGUGGAUAUCUAGAAUCAAAGUUUUGAAGCAUAUAUUAGACUUGGUUGCAGAGUGAGCUGUCUGUCUGGCUCGUGAAUAAAUUUGAUAAUUCGUAUCAUUAUAUUAUGUAAAAUAUUAUAUUCGUAUCAUAUUUU